AUGCAACUACCAACAAUUAAAGUGAGACUAAUUGUGAACAAUUUGGAGACAGCCUUCGAGUUUUACAGUAUCACAGCCAGUAGAUAUUCCACUCAAAAUGUUAUCCUGAACCAAAAUGAACUGAAUUCUGGAAACACUGCCACUCAACUAACGACAGCAUCUGGAUUCAACGGUUACAAUUUAAUUCUUCAAAUGAAACGUCAUAAAUACUUUGUCUACUUCUUAUCGAAGAAUUUCAGACGGAAUGUAUACACAUUCUUUGAGAAUAUUUUAAGAACUACUGCACAAAAAAUCAGUUUUAACCUGACGACCCCCCAAACAAUGUAUGUCAUGAGGUCUGAACCAAGAUUUUUCGUAAAUAAUUUAUGGUAUGGUCUUCAUUUAUGUAAUCAAACUACAAGCAUGAGUCUUUUAGACAAAUAA